GCCAGAGUGGCAUUUUGUGCUUUGUCACCUUUUCUGUCUUUUUUUUCUCUUUUCUUCUCUGUGGCUGAUUUCAAUUUCAAGUUUAGGAAAGCUAACCUGCGCAAUUUACGAUUCAAAAUCGUCGGUUUCUUCCAAAAUUUACAUAGGACAUUGAUCCCCUUUUUGAAUUGUGGUUGAGGGACUAAAGUACAGCUAUAGGUAGAGAAUGGCAUGUAGGGGAUGCUGGGAGUGCCUUUUGAAGCUAUUGAACUUCAUAUUGUGCGUCACUGGUCUGGCCAUAGUGGGCUAUGGAAUCUAUCUUUUUGUUGAAUUCUCUAAAGCUUCAGAUGAUAACACUCCAGAUAUUUCUCCUGUCAGUGAUGAUUCUGCUCUCAUUCAAUUAGGCCGGCCCAUGCUUAUGGUCGUGUCUCUAUCAGAUAGCUUUCUUGAUAACUUGCCUAGGGCUUGGUUUAUUUACUUAUUUAUUGGUACCGGAGUAGUUCUCUUUCUUAUUUCUUGUUUUGGUUGUAUUGGAGCUGCAACACGGAAUGGGUGCUGCCUGAGCUGUUAUUCAAUUUUGGUAGUAUUAUUGAUCUUGAUAGAGCUGGGAUGGGCAGGCUUUAUAUUCUUUGACAAAAACUGGAAAGAAGAAAUUCCGACAGACAAAACUGGAGACUUUGAUGCGAUAUAUGAAUUUCUGAGUGAGAAUUGGAAUAUUGUGAAAUGGGUUGCUCUUGGAAUUGUUAUCUUUGAGGCCCUUCUUUUCCUGUUAGCCCUUAUUGUCAGGGCUGCAAAUAGGCCAGCAGAAUAUGACAGUGAUGAGGAGUUCAUUAAUUCAAGGCAGCAAGUGCGCCAGCCAUUGCUCAAUAGAUCAGCAGCAGGCCCAGCAACAGGGUUACCAGCUUCUGGAACAGUGGACCAACGUUCAAGCAGAAAUGAUGCAUGGAGUGCGAGGAUGAGGGAAAAGUACGGGCUUGAUACUUCGGAAUUUACAUACAAUCCAUCUGAGUCGAGCAGGUUCCAGCAAGUAAACUCACAGACAGCUGAAGAAAAGAGCCGCUGCACUAUAAUGUGAUCUCUUUUGCCGAGUUUUUUAUUUCAUCUCGCGCCGUACCGGAUCACUCCAUGACAUGGCCAAGAUCAUUUUCAUGUUGUGUUAUGUUGUGCUGAGACAUCGAAAUUUACAGUAGCAUUGCUUGUGUUCAUAGAUUAGAUGCUCAUAUUGUUUUGAAAUGGUCUCUGCUCAUCACUUGCUAGAUGGCAAAACUGUGAUUUUGCCCCCUAACCCCAUGUUUGUGUUUAUUUAUUUGGGAGGAAAACAUUAAGAGCUGUUUUGAGUAUUUUCUGAUUGUUUUGAUGGAAAUUUAUGAAGGAGACUUGUUCGAAGGAUAA